GUGAGGCCCAAAACCUUGCUCAAAGGUUUUAGGAGGGUUUAUAGUCGGCAACUACCAAUUCGAAUUACUCCCCCAAAUUUCUCACAUUUUCUUAAUUACACAGUAAAAAUAUAAACAACAACUGAUGAAAUCGGCGAAUCAACAAUCAACUCCGGCGAUUCGGUUCAACUCCCGUCCCACCAUUUGUGCCGAUCAAAUUUUUCUUGGCUCGAUUUGAUGUACAGCAGCAAAACCCCCAUUUCCACCACCUUCAAAAUCGGCGGUUCUAGAAACCCUAAUCACAACCCACGCAGUAGUAGUAAUAGCUCCACCGUGAUGUGGAAAAGCAUCGCCAAGAGAAUCAGCUCAAAAACCCUGUUGAAUCGGUGCCCCAAUUCUCGAAGAUUCCUCGCAUUUGCCCAAGAUUCUGUUUUUCCCGACAAAUUCAAGCUCAGAAAACCGCUGUUCGAUAAUUCUCGCUCCGAUUCUAAUAUUUAUACCUCUACCCAUGAUGAAUUCAUGAUGUUUUCGAGCAGGAAUCAAAUGAAUGUCACUGGGUUGAGCUUUAAAAGCUACGCCACUGUAGCGGAAGCAGUCGAAGUAGCCGGGUCCCACACCGAUUUUGAGGACGACAACAAUAGUAAUAGUAAUAAUAAUAAUAUUAAUAAUAGUAACAAUGUUGAUGAUGAAUUUCAAGAACUGUUGAACGAAGUUCGGAAAGAGGAGAAACGGCAGUGGAGGCAAAACCGGAGGAGCGGGAAAGGAAUGGGGAACGAAAAGUUCAAAGCCCUUCGAAGGAGGCAAGUGAAAAUCGAGACCGAGGCGUGGGAACAAGCUGCGAAGGAGUACAGGGAGCUGUUGAACGAUAUGUGCGAGCAGAAGCUGGCUCCGAAUUUGCCGUACAUGAAGUCGUUGUUUCUCGGGUGGUUCGAGCCGUUGAGGAACAAGAUUGAAGAGGAGCAAGAGUUCAUUAGGAAAGGGAAGAGUAAGGCUUCGUAUGCUAAUUACUUCGAUCUUUUGCCGGCCGAUAUGAUGGCUGUUAUUACAAUGCAUAAGCUUAUGGCGCUGCUAAUGACUGGGGAGCAUGGUUGCGCGAGGGUCGUUGCGGCUGCUUGCGUUAUAGGUGAUGCGAUCGAGCAGGAGGUGAGAAUACACUAUUUCUUGGAGAAAACUAAGAAGAAAAAAGUCACGAAAGAUGCAGAAACCGAAGGAGAUAAACCCGAUGAAAAUAUCCAAGAACAAGCAAAAUUACGAGAAAAAGUCACUAAUUUGAUGAAAAAGCAAAAGCUGCGAGCCGUGAGGCAAAUAGUGAACAGACAAAUCGAAUCUCAAGCGUGGGGCCAAGAUGCUAAAGCAAAGGUUGGAAGUCGUCUCAUUGAAUUGAUUAUACAAACAGCCUAUAUACAGCCCCCCGCCAGUCAAUCUGCUGAGGGCCCACCAGAUAUUAAACCUGCAUUUUUACACACUUUCAAAACUGUAGCAAAAGAAAUAAAGAGCAAUAGCAGAAGAUAUGGUGUUAUCCAAUGUGACCCUCUUGUUCGUAAAGGCCUCGAAAGAACUGCCAGACACAUGGUCAUCCCAUAUAUGCCAAUGCUGGUUCCUCCAGUCAAGUGGACAGGGUAUGACAAAGGUGCAUAUUUAUAUUUGCCUUCAUAUGUAAUGCGCACGCAUGGAGCACGCCAGCAACGUGAUACAGUAAAGAGGGCACCUAGGGAACAAUUGAAACCGGUGUUUGAGGCAUUGGAUACUCUUGGAAGCACGAAAUGGAGAGUGAAUAAGAGAGUACUUAGCAUCAUUGACAGAAUAUGGGCUAGUGGGGGUCGUCUUGGAGACUUGGUUGACCGAGAUGAUAUCCUUCUGCCAGAGCAGCCAGAUACAGAAGAUGAAUCGUUACUCCAGAAGUGGAAAUGGAAAGUCAAAUCCAUCAAGAAAGAAAAUAGCGAGCGGCAUUCACAACGUUGUGAUACAGAGCUCAAACUUGCUGUUGCACGGAAAAUGAAAGAGGAAGAAGGGUUUUUUUACCCACAUAACGUUGAUUUCCGUGGCCGUGCGUACCCCAUGCACCCUCACUUGAACCAUUUGGGCUCGGAUAUUUGUAGAGGAAUCCUCGAAUUUUCUGAAGGAAAACCGCUUGGAAAAUCAGGAUUGCGUUGGCUUAAAAUUCACGUGGCGAAUUUAUUUGCCAAUGGUGUGGACAAAUUAUCUCACGAGGGCCGAAUUUGCUUCAUCGAGAAUCACUUGGACGAUGUGUUCGAUUCUGCAGAUAGACCGCUUGAAGGAAAACGGUGGUGGUUGAAUGCAGAAGAUCCGUUUCAGUGUUUAGCGGCGUGUAUCAAUCUUGUUGAAGCUCUUCGAAAUCCUUCUCCUGAAACUACAAUCUCGCAUAUUCCGGUGCACCAGGAUGGUUCCUGCAAUGGCUUACAGCACUAUGCUGCCCUUGGUAGAGACAAGCUAGGAGCAGCUGCUGUAAACUUGGUUGCUGGAGAAAAGCCCGCUGACGUUUACUCGGGAAUAGCUGCCAGGGUUCUUGAUAUCAUGAAGGAAGAUGCCCAAAAGGAUCCUUCAGUAUGCCCCGAUGCUUUGCAUGCAAGACUAUUGAUCAAUCAGGUGGACCGAAAGUUGGUUAAACAGACUGUGAUGACAUCGGUGUAUGGUGUGACAUAUAUCGGUGCUCGAGAUCAAAUAAAGAGAAGAUUAAAAGAACGUGAUGCCUUUGGGGACGAGACACAGAUAUUUGGUGCAGCUUGUUAUGCAGCUAAAAUUACAUUGACUGCACUCGGGCAGAUGUUUGAAGCUGCUCGGAGCAUCAUGAAUUGGCUUGGAGAUUGUGCUAAGAUUAUUGCAUCGGAAAACGAGCCUGUGCGUUGGACAACUCCACUUGGACUCCCGGUGGUUCAGCCUUACCGUAAAGUAGGAAGACAUCUUAUUAAAACGUCUCUUCAGGUUUUGACUCUACAACGCGAGACGGAUAAGGUAAUGGUUAAAAGGCAGAGAACGGCUUUUCCACCAAACUUCGUUCAUUCGCUCGAUGGUUCACAUAUGAUGAUGACCGCCAUUGCAUGCAGAAACGGAGGCUUGACUUUUGCAGGCGUGCAUGAUUCGUACUGGACACACGCGUGCGAUGUUGAUGAAAUGAGCAGGAUAUUAAGAGAGAAGUUUGUUGAACUAUACGAAGCACCGAUUCUAGAGAAUUUGUUGGAGGGCUUUCAACAGUCUUUUCCUACGCUGACUUUCCCUCCUUUGCCCGAUCGAGGAGACUUUGAUCUUAGAGACGUGUUGGAAUCUCCCUAUUUCUUCAACUAAUGGUGGGGUCCACUUCAGUUUUUCCGGGUUUUUUUUUUAAUGUACAUACAAGCGCUAGAGGGUCCGUUUUUAUUUGAUGCUAUCACCACUAUUUGGUUCAUUCUUCAUCUCCAAAAGCUGGAAUUUCGUCCUUCUUGUACAGUUUUUAUACAGAGAAAUAGUACAUCAAGCAAUGGAGCUCGUUCGGUAUUAUGGCUGCCCCCCUGAGGGGUAUAACUGUAAAUUUUAGAACUGAAACAAGUUGUAGCCUUGAAGGACAGUGGAAGCUUCUAGAAGAUGUUGUAUAUAUGUUUUUUGUACU